AUGAGGAGCGCCGUGCUCCUCCUGAGUCUACUUCUGACAGCAGCUCCGUUUGGCCUUCUUGGGGAGGAGACCCGCCAGGUGUCUCUGAAGGUGAUCUCUGACUGGCUGGACCCUUCCCAGAACCUGCUUCAUAUCCAGGCAGUGGGUGCCACUUCCACCCUGCACUAUGUGUGGAGCAGCCUGGGACCCCCAGCCGUGCUGCUGGUGGCCACCAACACCCCCAACAGCACCCUGAGUGUCAACUGGAGCCUCCUGAUUUCCUCUGAGCCUGAAGGGGGCCUCAUGGUACUCCCCAAGGAGAGCAUCCAAUUUUCUUCUGCUCUCGUCUUUACCAGGCUGUUUGAGUUUGACAGCACCAACACAUCCGACGCGGCCGCAAAGCCUCCAGGAAAAUCAUAUCCCCCAUACUCCUUGGCCGAUUUCUCCUGGGACAACAUCACUGACUCAUUGGAUCCUGCCACCCUGAGCGCCACAUUUCGAGGCCACCCCAUUCACGACCCCACUGGGGCUUUUGCCAGUGGCAGCCUGGCCUUCAGGGUUCAGGCCUUCUCCAGAUCUGGCCGACCAGCCCAACCCCCUCGCCUCCUGCACACAGCGGACACCUGCCAGCUAGAGGUGGACCUGGUUGGGGCCUCUCCCCGGGGAAACCACUCCUUGUUUGGGCUGGAGGUAGCCACGUUGGGCCAUGGCCCUGACUGCCCCUCAGUGCAGGAGCAGCACUUCAUCGAUGAUGAAUAUGCACCUGCCGUCUUCCAGUUGGACCAGCUGCUAUGGGGCUCCCUCCCAUCAGGCUUCAUGCAGUGGCGACCAGUGGCUUUCUCCCAGAAGCAGGGGGGCCGGGAAUCAGCCAUGCCCUGUCAAGCUUCCCCUCUUUACCCCACCUUGGCAUACCUUCUACCCCAGUCACCCAUUGUUCGAGCCUUCUUUGGGUCCCAGAACAACUUCUGUGCCUUCAAUCUGACAUUUGGGGCUUCCACAGGCCCUGGCUACUGGGACAAACACUACCUCAGCUGGUCCAUGCUCCUGGGUGUGGGCACCCCUCCAGUAGAUGCCUUGUCCUCGCUAGUCCUAGGCAUCGUGGCAGUGGCCCUGGGUGCUCCAGCACUCAUGCUGCUGGCAGGAGGCGUGUUUCUGCUGCUGGGCCACAAGCGGUACUCAGAAUAUCAGCCUAUAAAUUGAGGACUGCUCUCUAGAGGGAAGGACAUUACUGGACCUGCCUUGCUGGUCUGCAGGUUUGAGGGUCAGUAUUCCUAGCCAGCUGCUCCCUUUUCCCAUCUUGCUUUUCUGCAGAAUCUCAGAGACCAGCCUCAACUUCCUGCGGACCCAGGUGGGGCUUCCUUCAAACUUUGAAGAGGGACCAGGGACAGAGUGAUUGCUAGAGGGAGGGUCCCCUCGGCGUUGCCUCCCCGCCCCUCCACCCCCCAUUUCCCUUGAAUGGGACUCACAGGCCUAAAUGAGAGGCCUUCUGACUUGUCUGCUACCCUGGAGGGCAUGAAAUAGACUAAGUUUUUCCCCA